AUGUCAAGAAUAAAGGAGAUUGUGGCCAUUGCUCUGGCUCUGAUAGGAUGGAUCAUUGCUGUUGUUGCCUGUGUUCUGCCUAUGUGGAAGGUCUCAGCUGUGACUGAAGCUGGUACUGGCAGAGCCCAAAUCAUCUGGGAGGGCCUCUGGAUGAGCUGUGUUACGAAGAGCACUGGACAAAGGCAGUGUACGGCCUACGACUCCAUGGAGGCUCUACCUUCAGACCUGCAGACAGCCCGAGACAUGACUGUUAUUGCCAUCAUCACGGCUUUGCUGCCUUUGACGCUCUCCUUUAUGGGUGCAAAGUGCACCAACUGCAUUAAGGACAAAGCAUUAAAGGCAAAACUUAUGAUGGUCUCUGGGGUCUACUUCAUUAUUUCUGGUUGCCUAGUGCUCAUCUCUGUGUCCUGGACAAGAAACACCACAAUCCGGGAUCCCCGCAUGUCCUCAACUCCACACACAGAUCCUGAAGUGUCACUUAGCAUGGGCUUUGCUGCUUCUGCUCUGCUCAUCACUGGAGGAGUCAUGCUAUGCUGCACCUACAUUUCAUGGAGGAGAAGGUAA